AUGAGGGCUUCGUCAAGAGAACCAGGCUCUCUCGGCGCCNCUGCUACUGACUACAGUGCGAACAUGGCACAGUUCGUGCACAACCGUAGACCGCAGUACAAGGGAACUAUGGGAUUCGAGAUGGAAAGACCCAGUGCUAGCUACGUGAUAGACGUGAGUUUGUGCUCAGCGUCUGCUCAGAUAGACGAUGCAAUGAAAAGCUGUGUGUUGACUCGAAUCGUAGNNAUGCUCCUACCGCCAGCCCGUAGAGGGAAUGCAGUAGAUUCAGUGCCGGCUAGACAUUUGCAUUCGUCCUUAAACAAGAUGCGCCAUCCCGUCAACGUGGUGAAAUGGACGCCAGAGGGAAGACGUCUGCUCACUGGUUCGACGAGCGGUGAAUUUACCCUGUGGAACGGAACAGCUUUCAACUUCGAAACAAUCAUGCAGGCUCACGACAGUGCGGUACGAGCAGUGGCAUACUCACACAGCAACGACUGGCUUAUUUCUGCUGAACAAGCUGGCAUUGUCAAAUACUGGCAACCAAACUUCAACAACGUCAAGUCUUUACAAGCGCACAACGACCCCGUUCGAGAUCUGGCAUUUGCGCCUACCGAUACCAAGUUUGUGACAGCAGCAGAUGAUGCUCACCUCAAGAUCUUCGAUUUUGCCGGAGGCGUGGAAGAGCUGGUUUUGGAAGGCCAUCAAUGGGACGCUAAAUGCGUUGACNUGGCAUCCUACCAAAGGCCUACUGGUCUCUGGCUCGAAAGACCAUCAAAUCAAGCUUUGGGAUCCUCGAAACGGGCGAUGUCUUACCACGCUUCAUGGCCACAAGAACACUGUGAGCAAGACGCUUUUGAACCGACAAAUGGCGUGCUAUUGGCCUCUUGUGCGCGCGAUUCUACUGCAAGGGUCUUCGACAUACGAAUGAUGCGGGAUGUCUUCUUACUACGCGGUCAUGAAAAGGACAUUAGCACUCUUGCCUGGCACCCAAUUCACUCAAACUUCUUGACAACUGGAGGUGCCGACGGUGCAAUGCAUCACUAUCUGUUAGAUGAACAGAAUCUGCCGGCUGGUUCAGCGCCCACAUUAUCACCAUAUGACGCACCGGAGAACUCAGACGCGCCUGCUCAAACUAUCUAUCCUGCUCAUCGGGUCACGUACGCCCACGACUUUGCUAUCUGGAGCCUUGACUGGCACCCUCUUGGUCACAUCCUAGCUUCUGGUUCCAACGACAGAGCAACGAGAUUCUGGUCCAGGCCAAGACCUGGCGACAACACGUACAAGGACGAUCGAUGGCAUAUUGGACAGACGGCAGCAGAAGCGCAAGGGACGUGGAAACGCACUACAGAUCGGACAGCUAGAGACGAGGAGGAAGAACUUGAAGACGAGGCAGAUGGUCUUGUUGAUCAACAGAUGCCUGCUCGUCAGAAUAUGCUGCCUGGUCUUGCCGGUCUCCCCGGCAUUUCUGCGCCCAGGCCAGCAUUCCCAGAUGGAAGUAGCACUGGAGGGGCUCAGCCGCUGCCUAUGCCUGGUAUGAACGGCAACGGACUGACUUUCCCAGGUGCGCCACCAAUGCUUGGGGGUCAAGGUCUGCCAUUCUCCUUACCCCAUGGCGGCGCACCACCACCCCUGCCUGGAAACAUGGACAUUGAGAAGCUGAAGCAAAUGUUUGGUGGGCAACUCCCCCCUAUGCCUCCACCGGGUGCUCAACAAGGAUUUCCCCCACCCCCGCCGCCUGGAUUCCCAGGUGGACAAGGCCUCCCACCACCCCCAAUGCCUUUCCCAGGAUUCGCUGGAGCGCCUCCUAUACCUCCUCCAGGGUUCCCGGGAUUCCCACCAGGUAACGCACCCCCAGAUCUUCAAGGACAGAACAGGAGGAGGGCACCACUACCGAGUCAGAGCGAGAGCUUGCAGGAGGAGAUUAGAAGAGGAAAAUACCCCAGAGCAAGAUGA